AUGAGCUCCAAUGCACACUCGGAGUCGUUGGAGACCUCCCAAGAGAUUCCCGUCUCGUCGACAGGCCUCACCUUCAAUCUUCCAUCAUCAUCAAACACCAAUGAAGAUACAAGAAACAACAACCGGUCAAGUGUGCGAAAUAAUCUAAAGACUCUAUCAAAGCUGUCUUUAUCUAUGGUCCCAGUACAGGAGGAAAGCACUCCUACUUUGGCUGAUGGACGAGAGCUUGUUGUUGGAUUUCGCACAUAUACACUUGAGGUCGAACGCACACGUACUCAAGAUGCCAAGAGGAAGAAGAAGCCAAAAGUCGUCAUUGAUGACAUGGCAAACUAUGAUCUACAUAAAAUCACUGUAGAUCAGGUAUUCCAACGGUUCUCGUCUCAUCCUACUCGCGGUUUGGAUGUGGAAGCUGCUACCUCGAGGUUGGCUCGAAAUGGAGGGAAUGUCAUUACUCCAGUUCGACCAAACUACUUCAAGAAGCUAUUCGACUUGUUCUUUGGUGGAUUUUGUCCCAUCUUGUGGAUUGCUUGUGUCAUGGUCUUUAUCUCAUGGCAACCACUUGGAAAUCCAAACCCAGCAGCAAUAAACCUCGCUCUCGCAAUCCUCCUCCUCAUCGUCAUCAUCAGCCAGGCCGUCUUCCAAGGCUACCAGGACUUUACGUCCUCCCAAGUUAUGAAGUCAAUCACAAACAUGGUAAACGCUGACGCUCGAGUGACUCGAGACGGCGCAUCAACAACCAUACCAUCCGCAAACCUCGUACUUGGUGAUCUAGUCACGAUAAAAUAUGGAGUUAAGGUACCUGCUGAUUUAAGGAUUAUUCGCGUCGCAGGUUGUAAAAUUGAUAAAUCGAUAUUGACGGGAGAGACGAAACCGAUACCUGCUUGUGUUGAUUGUACGGAUGAUAAUCCACUGGAAAGUAAAAACAUGGCUAUGAUGGGGACCUUUGUCACUGAGGGCGAAGCUGAUGGCAUUGUCGUUGGUGUUGGUGAUAAUACGACAAUGGGUAAAAUCAUCAGACUAUCAACAAAACAAGUCACCAAACCUUCUCUACUACAAAUCGAAAUCAGUCGAUUUGUGUUUAUUGUUGCAAUAUUGGCAUUCACUACGUGCUUCUUUUGCCUUAUACUCUAUGGAGCAUGGCUUAAGAACGCAUAUCCUGGAUUCAUGACGGUUUCAACGGCUGUUGUUAAUGCUUUUUCAGCUUUGGUUGCUUUUGUUCCUGAAGGUCUUCCGUUUGCCGUUACCCUCACUUUGACCUUGGUUGCUCGUCGCAUGUAUGAGAACAAGGUGCUCGUGAAGAACCUCACUACAGUCGAAACACUGGGCGCAAUCAACGUGCUAUGCUCAGACAAGACAGGAACACUAACAACCAACCUAAUGGUGGUUGCAAGUGCUGCCUUCUUCAACAAAGCACUGGAUAUGGACAAGAUGGAUUUAAACGAAUCUGGUCCUCGAGAACUCGUCACUGUAGCUUCGCUUUGCAACAACUCGACAUUUGAUCCAGCCAGUAAGGUAGCAAAUCCUUCUCACUCUGCUGAAUGGAAGGUGAAUGGAGAUGCUACUGAUAAUGCUAUAUUGAGGUUUGGACAGAGAUAUCUGGAUGUUGAUAGUACUAGGGCCGAUUAUGAUAAGCUCACAGUCCUACCAUUUAACUCGAAAAACAAAUUUAUGGUAUCCAUCUUACGCCCAAAUAUUCCAAACCACCCCUUCAACUCGAGCACCGUAAUCAUAUUAAUGAAGGGUGCUCCAGAUAUACUCUUACCUCGCUGCACUUCAUACAUUGAUCCUGAAACUGGACGCGUUGAAUCACUUACCGAUGAGAAAAAGUCUCGAUUAACUGCCGUACAGGAAGAUUGGGGUGAACGUGCUGAACGAGUGCUCUUGUUGGCUAAACGUGAGAUGGGGAGUGUUGGAGCUGAAGAUGUGAAGUGUUAUCAGGGGAUGGAGGAGAGCGCUGUUGUAGAGUUGGCGUGUAAUUUGACUGUUGUUGGUAUGGUUGGCAUUGUUGAUCCUCAUCGACCUGAGAUUCCUGGUGUGGUCAAGACGUGUCGUCAAGCUGGUAUUCGUCUUUUCAUGGUUACUGGUGAUUUCCCAACCACAGCAGCAGCCAUCGCCCGAAAAGUCGGAAUCUUUACACACAAGGAAACACAUACAGUAGCCAGCUUGUCUACCGAGAAUCCCUCAGACCCAACUCGAUUUACCGCUGAGCACCAUCACCGAGACCACUCUCUCCUAUUGAGUGGUAAAGACUUGGAGUCGCUCACUAAUGAGCAAUGGUCGCUUGUCGUUACGUACAAUGAGGUCGUAUUCGCACGAACCACACCAGAACAAAAACUCCGUAUCGUGCACGAAUUCCAAGACCACGAUUUCAUUGUUGGAGUUACUGGUGAUGGUGUGAAUGAUUCACCUGCUCUGAAGCAAGCCAAUAUUGGAGUCGCUAUGGGGUCUGGUUCCGAUGUCGCUAUGGAAGCCGCAAGUCUUGUAUUGCUGGAUUCCAAUUUCGCUUCUGUCGAAAUUGCGUUGGAGAGUGGGAGGUUGGUGUUUGAUAAUUUGAAAAAGGUCUGCCUCUACUUGUUACCCGCUGGAUCAUUUGCAGAAUUGAUUCCAGUCUUGAUCAACUUUUGUCUUGGGGUUCCUAUUCCAUUGUCUCCGUUCUUCAUGAUCGUCAUAUGCAUAUUCACCGACCUGGCACCUGCUCUGUCACUUAUGUACGAGCCCGCCGAAGCAGAUUUGCUGAAUCGCCCACCUCGAAAUGUAAAGAAGGAUCAUCUAGUCGAUGGGAAACUAUUGAUACAUGCGUACUUGUUUAUUGGGAUGGUUGAGAUGAUAUGCGCACACGCAAUGUUCUUCAUGGCAGUCUCCGACUCUCUUGGCGGAGUAGGCCCAUCGAAGCUGUUUCUCGCAUUCGAUAAAUGGACUGAUGGAUAUCUGGGAUUUACUGGUGAUCAGCUGAAUAAUGCUACGAAUGUUGGCAACUCUGCUUACUUUGUAUGCUUGGUCGUGAUGCAAUGGGGUAAUCUAUUUGCAACACGUACGCGCCACCUCUCGUUGCUUCAACACUCGCCAGUAUCGAAUCCGAAACUUUUUAUUGCGCCUCUGAUAUCUUUGAGCUUUGCACUACUAGUAUUAUACGUACCAUGGUUUCAGACGACAUUUGGGACCAGUCCUAUUCCCGUCAAGUUCUGGCUCAUUCCAAUCCCAUUCGCAAUAUUCAUCCUGAUUGCUGAUGAGCUACGCAAACUUGCUACGAGAUUGUAUCCGAAUUCGUUUAUUGCAAAGAUGGCAUGGUGA